AUGAAGAAAAGGAGAAAGCUCACUGCAAAUUUAGAUGACAAAAACCAUCUUGAUCAUCGGAGGGAAUCUUCAGAUAAGAUUCCUGUUGCAGAUUCUGUGCAGAAAGUUAUUGCUGGUUCUGCAGGAGUCGCUGCUGCAGACCAGCUUGAGUAUUCUAAAGAACUCCCGCCAUCAACAGCUCAAAGAAAGCUUUUGAGCUCCCUGCAGUACAACAGAAAUCUACUCAAAUAUUUAAAUGAUGAUCGACAGAAACAACCAUCUUUUUGUGAUCUGCUCAUAAUUGUUGAUGGAAAAGAAUUUAGUGCCCACAAGGUAGUAGUUGCUGUUGGGAGUAGUUACUUUCAUGCCUACUUGAGCAAAAAUCCAAGUACAAAUGUCGUUACCUUGGAUCACGUAACUCAUUCAGUUUUCCGCCAUCUACUUGAAUUUCUCUAUACGUCAGAGUUUUUUGUGUAUAAGAAUGAAAUCCCCUUAGUUUUAGAGGCAGCUAAGUUUUUAGAUAUUAUCGAUGCAGUCAAGCUGCUGAACGCUGAAAAUGUUUCCAGUUUGCAGUUUGAAGAGACGUCAGAGAAUUCAUCCCAGGUAGAAACAUCCAGUGAGCAAACUCCCCAAGCAGCAAGCAAUCACCAAUGCACUCUGUGCAAUCGCAACUUUUGUUACAAGAAAUCCUUAGAAAAUCACUUGUCCAGAGCACACAAAGCUUCUGCCCGGGAAAAAGAACAUGGGCUAAAAAUGGUCGAGAGCUCAGAUACUUCUACCAGAAGAUCACUGCGAAAUCGCAAAUGUCCGGCUAAGUUUGAUCAAAAUGACAACGAAAGUGGAGCUGCAUCUGAUGGCAAUUUAAAUCAAGCGAGUCCUGGCAAGAAAAAUGAUGAGUCUAACGACGAGUCUAACAAUGAGUCUGAAGACAGUGGAAGUGAGUAUCACACUGAUGAAGACAGGCAAGAGGAGGACACAACUGACACGGAGUCUGAAGAGCAAAGUGAAAAAGAACGUGAUGAAGAAAGACAUGAGACAGGUGAUCCAGCAGGAAAUAUUUCUGGAGGCAGUCUUUCCACAUAUAUUCCAGUCAUUUUUCAGAACGGUAGCAAAAAAUACUUGCAGUGUCCUAAGUGUAAUAAAAUAUUUGAUCGAGCAGGUAAGUGGGAAUCACAUGCUCGAUGUGCUUUGCCUCUUAGGUUCAAACAGAUUUGUGCUCUUUGUGAUCAUUGCUCACACCUCUAAAAGGGCUUAUGCCACACACUGUAAAUGCAGGUCCUAUAUAGAGCAUUACAGUUCAUAUUAUUGAGCGAAGUGUGUAGCUGACAUCCUUGGAGUAGUAAAAGAAAACUAGAACCUCAUGUGUUCUGUAUAUUGCCAUAUCCUUUGCGCUAGUAUAACAAAUACAGCAAGUUAUGGUCAUGUCAUUUAACUACCUGAACAACCGUAUUUUGAAAUGCAUGUGAAAAUGACAUUAGAAAAAGAACAGUUAGAUGUGUAAUCCAGAGAAUACUUCAGUUUUUCUGGACUUGCUGUUACAGUUCUUUUAAGCACAAGUCAUCUUUGAAAAAGACAUGCAUGUUGUUGUUAGGCAUUUGAACACAUGUGUGUUAAUUAUUGGAAUUGAGAGUAGCUAACAUGCCCUCUAUAUGAUGUUGGGCUACAACUUUUGCUAGCCCCAGUUAGCAUGACCAGUGAUCAGGAAGAAUGGGGAUUGUUGUCCAGCCAUCGCCUGGAGGCAGUUCAUCACCACCACCAUUAUUAUUAUUAUUAUUAUUAUUAUUAUUACUACUACUACUUCUACUACUACUACCCUGCCUUUCCCCCGACGGGACUCAAGGCAGUUUGAGAUAAAAACAAGAAUCACUAAAAAUAAUUUAAAACAAUUAAAUUAAUAGAAUUAAAACUAUAUACAUAUAUAAAAUCUGUUUAAAACAUAUAGAAGAUAAUGAUAAUAAAAACACCACAGCACCAGCCCUCUCAUUAAAAGCACUCAGUUCCCUGUUAAAGCAAUAAGAUCUUCAUCUGCUGGCAGAAGGAUUGGAGAGAGCUAGUCUAUCUUCUCCAGGGAGGGAAUUCCAGAGUCUGGUAGCAGCCACCAAGAAGGCCCUCUCCUGAGUCACCACCAAGCAUGCCAGUGAGGGUCUAACAACAACAACAACAACAAGAAUAUAUUCCUUAUACCCCACCCAUCUGACUGGGUUGCCCCAGCCACUCUGGGCAGCUUCCCACAUGAUAACAGCAAAAUGUCAAACCUUAAAAACUUCGCGAUACAGGGCUGCCUUCAGAUGUCCAUUUUCUAAAUCAUUGGUCUUCAUCUGGUGGGCCACGACUUUUACCAGUUGUCGUUGCAACCGAGAGAAAGAGAAGGUCAGAUAUAGGUCUGAUUACAAAGUUUGUUGCCUUGCAACUCUUUUGGGAACACAUGAUGGUGAUGGCUUUAUAAACUGAAGCGGCCACAUUCUGGCAUGUAUGUUAGUUGCAUGGAUGCUGAAAUUUAUGUAAUUGUGACAACUCACAAAAGGCCUGCUGAAGUCAUCUAAACCCUGGAGGCUGCAUGUUCACUCCCACAUGGAGGCACCAGUUGAUACUGUGAUCCUUCCUGUGGCCUUGCAUGCUGUUAAUGCUGAUCAGCCAUCUGAGCCAGGCCUUAAUCAAUUUUGGUAAAGGUAAAAACAAUAUACAACAACAAAUUUAAAUUGGUGAAUUAAUCCAGGUUCCGGUAAAGUUAAAGACCUCUGUGCUCGGUUAUUACAGCAGGGCAUGGUCCAAGGCAUGGGAUGACUAGUGGGUCAAGAAGACUCUAGCAGAGGAACUGAAACUCAUUGGUAGAGUCCCUAUGAAGUCUGAGGAAGCACCUUAACAAUUUCAUUGCAGUGCUAGUUGAGAUCGACUGAGGUCAAAUUGCAUUGUGUUUUAGCUCUUGAGUGAGUUUUUUCAGGUUGUGAACUAGUGGUGGUGACAACCACAUCCCAAACACUCUGCUAGAUCAGCUAGCAGAAGACAGAACAAUUUCCCAGUUUAGACAACGUGUUCCUCCCCAAAUGGAAAUACUUCCCUGAAGAAGGGCUUCAUUUAUUUAUGUAAAGCACUAUAACCUUGGAAAUGCCAUCACAACCUAUACUUGAUGCAUAGUAGUACUGAAUGUUUGCAGGACUAUAGUUGCUGGUUGGUUAUCUAAUAUUUUAACUGGAGUGGUUUGUUUUGUAGGGAAAUUUGAGAUCCAUUCUCGUGUGCACACUGGCGAGAAGCCGUUUCAGUGCGAUAUCUGUCAUCAGCGCUAUUCAACCAAAUCCAACUUAACUGUACACAGAAAGAAGCACAAUGAUGAAAUUGUAUGUCAUAAAAAGGAACACAAAUGUCCAUAUUGUAACAAACUGCACGCCACAAAAAAGACCCUAGUAAAGCACUUGAAGAGGCAAGUAUGAAUGAAAUUUUUUAUGCUAUACUCAAAUGCUGUGAUGAUGUGAUUUAUUUUAAGUACAAGAUUAUAAAAAAGUAUUGACGCAGGAGAUUUUAUAAACUACCUGCUUGAAAUAUGUGGCAACCAUUUAUUUUUAAAGUCCAUGGCAUUAAAAACGUGUGUGUUGAUGCUCUCUGCACAUUUUAUAAAGUGACUACAUUGUUUCAUUGCAUGGCAAGUGCUUGUAUUUUGAGACAAUUCAAAUGCUUGCCUGCUGUUGAUGCUCUGUACAUUGAAGGGCUCUUUUCAUCACACACACACACACACACACACACACACACACCAAACAAAAGUGAUAGGUGAGGAAUCCAUAUGUAUAGCAGUAUAGGCUGGUUUCAAAUAAUGUUUGGGCUAAAGGGCUGGGCAUGGAAAGGGCAGCACAUGAGAACAAUAUGUUGCAGCUUUUCUAAUGCUGUAUAGUUGAAAUAUACAGGGAACACGUUGGGCUGUGCGUUGGACCUGGGUGAAGUCUGAGCUGAAUUAGGGGGAACGGGCUUCAACCCAGAUUGUCCUGGGCCAGGUCGGGUCAGGCUGCCCACAGCAAUCCAGGGCUAUUAAGGGUUGGGGACUGUUAGAAAGAGAUAUGAAAGCUAGGAGCUAAAUGGCACCUUAAAGCUAGGUUAUAGGCACAACAACAGAAUGUCUAGACACUCUUUUUUAUAACAAAAAUUCAAAACUGAAAAUGAAUGAACUGCAGCUAAAAUAUUAUGUUCAUUUUUCAUAUGGCCUAGUUCCUUCCCCUGCCCACGCCCCUAAUAUUCUUAAGAGGGUCUCUUCUCUAGUAUUCAUAGAGUAGCUGAAGUGGGGAGGCAGAAAAAGGUCCUCCUUUCCUUCCACUCUGCAGUUUUAAUCUGAAAUCUUAAACGCAGUACUGCACCUAGAGCUUAGAAACUGCUUGCGCUAAUUAAAUUCCCUGUCACAAAAUUUGCCUAGAACAAUGGGAGUUUUGAACACUGGUUGGUGAAGAAGGCCGAUGCUCUUGGGCGCAGCGUCUCCUUUCCUAUUAGGUCUUUUAAAUUCUUGUGUAAACAAGCAGUCACAAGGUAGAGGGGUUCACAACAUAAAAUUACAAUAUAAAAACACAAAAAUCAUAGUAAAAAUAAUAUGCAACAACUGCAAAUAAGAAUAUAUAAGACAUUUUUGCUUCUUUUAUGUCGCAUGGGGAGUAUGUUUGUUGUGGGUACUAAUACAGCUUGUUUCUAAUAUUUCUUUCUGUGCUCAAGCAUAUAAUUUCCUUACUCUAGAAAUAAUUUCUCAAUGGAUUUUCCCACCCUGCAGAUUCCACCCUGAAAAAGUACAGGAAUUUCUCUCCAAAAAGAAAAAGAGUGAAGGCUGGAAAUGUGAUGUAAGCAUAACUUUGAUUUUAUUGGGAAGAAAUGGACACUUUUGGUUACUAUUAUUAUUAUUUAUUAGAUUCAUAAACCACCCAUCAAAAGACCUUAGGGCAGUUCACAAGAUAAAGAUACAAGAUAAAAGCACAGAUAAAUAGUUAAAACAGAAACAACAAAAUGAUAAUCCCCACUACUCUUUCUCAGAUUCAGAGAACUGACUGUGGAUACAAUCAGGCUGUGUGGAUUUUCCCUUUUCAGCUGCAGUUCUUCAUAUAAUGCACUGGUUUCCUUUACUUUCUGGUGCAUGUAAUAGUGGGGCACAGGGAGCUCCUAUGAGGAGGGCCCCCACAAACUCUAGUGUAUGGGCGAAAACUCAAACUUCAUGGGUUUUGAUAUCUCCCCCCCCCCCGCCUUAUUUUUUUUAAUGCAUAAUGCCAUUCCAAGUUAUUAUUAUAAUAAUUUUUUGCAUAUGUUGGAUUGAGACAUUCUUAGAAAAUGUGAUUGGUACGUGGCAGUGAUUGAUGCCCAAGUUCUUAACACCAAAUAAAAAAGACCAGUCCUACUUUCUGUUAUGUUGGGUUGAAAUCACGACAGACGAAUGGUGGGUGUCAAAGGAGAGACGUCUGCCCGGGACAAGUCCCGGGAACUCUCUUUUAUUGAAUAUUACAAACAUUGCCACAGGUGUGCUUGUGGCUGAUUGGCUGAUACAAACACAAAGCAUCUUGUUGCUGAUUGGUUAACAUAGGUACAAGGCGGGAAUAACAUAUUACAUUAAUCACUGAUAGUUCAAAAGACUGGGAACGGAGCUGGAACUAGACAGGCAUGAAACCUCCUAAUUAAAUUAUAACUAAGAUUAAUAUAACAUGACUAAAACAAUUACUAAUGAUUGAUCAUAAGUGAGAGUUCCGUAUAUGUGGUCAGCUAUGCAUUGAGAACAGAGCAUGUUGUUUUUUGUACAUGAACUCAGAAUGAACUGAAGAAUGAGGGAAUGUCUGGGUGUGCUGAGCUCGGUGUGUUUGGAACAGUAUGUGCAGAGCAGAAGGAGACUUCCCAGAAUCCAAGAGGAAAGAAGCAAGGGUUCUCAUAGUGAGCAUAGAAAGAUUUCAUAGUAAGAUUUCCCACAAUGCCACAUUAUGUGCAGUAAGAGAAACUGCAGAAAGGAAACUUCCCUUCACUGUUAUGCACAUUUGUGUGGAAUACCUUCCAUUCGUAUAUAGCUGGUUUCAUGGCUGCAACAAAGAUUUAAAAAUAACUGACUUCAUGCGGUAGUAUUUUCAUCUGGUAGCGUGAUCAUGUAAAUUCAUAGUGAAUAGUAAUACCUGCAAUUAAUCAAGAUGCACAGGAAUUCUCUCUUCAUGCUGAAGAUGGGUUAAAACCUGAAAGAACCAGACAUGAGUAUAGUAGAAUAGCCACUAGUCCAUAUAACAUGAGUCACAAUGCAUUUUCAGAAAUAUAAUAUUCUGAUGGGUUCCUCACUGUCUAGGUAUUAGCACUUCUGUUGAUUAAAAACAGAAUAAUAGGUUUCUUACAUUGAAGAAGCUCAUGUGUGUGUACAUGGCACAUUCUAGUAGAUGUUAAUAGUUAAUGGUUGGUUGGCUGUUCUAUCACUUUAGAUUUGCAAUAAAUCUUUCACUCGAAGGCCUCAUCUGGAAGAACACAUGAUUCUACACACACAGGACAAGCCCUUUAAGUGUACAUAUUGCGAAGAGCACUUUAAAUCCCGCUUUGCAAGACUGAAGCAUCAAGAAAAGUUCCAUCUCGGUAGGAAAAUCCCAUUCUGCUAGUAAAUAUUAAAUAUAAAUGCAUUUUCUUCAGUGUGUAUUUGUAGACAUAAAUCAUCAUUCACUAAGCAACUUGUGCAAAUCUCUUCCAGGAUUGUGUUUCAGUAUGUAUUUUCAACCUGUUUUUAGUUGUGCAAAAUAAUCAAUACUGCUUCCGCUUUUGAAAUACGCCUGUAUGUAUUGAAGGGAUUAUUAGAAGUGUGUAUUUUGCCUGUCAGUUUCAUGUUCUUGAAGUCUAAAAUAAUGUGCUUGGCUUUGAUGCGAUCCUUGUUGCUCAAGUGGAAACAAUGUAAAUUGCAUUUGUGUUUCUUCCCAGGACCUUUUCCAUGUGAUAUUUGUGGUCGUCAGUUUAAUGAUACUGGCAAUCUGAAGCGCCAUAUUGAAUGUACUCAUGGAGGAAAGAGAAAAUGGACAUGCUUUAUUUGUGGGAAAUCAGUCAGAGAAAGGUAGGUAGUAAUAUACAUGCGUAAAGAAAUGUUUUUGUACUAAUUUGUUUCUACACACAAAACUCUUAACUUUUCAGAAGUUUUUGUAUAAUAAAUAGGAAAAGGUUGACCUAGUACUUUCAGUCUUUUAAGAUCUUACUAAUGGGAACAGUAGUUCUCCAUUCUUCAGAAUGUAUUGGACUUUAAUAACUGCAACUAUUGAUCACAAUGAAAAGGUUGGAGUAUAUAUUCUUCAAAUAUUUUCAUUUUUCUCCUCCAGAACAACUUUGAAAGAGCACUUGAGAAUCCACAGCGGAGAAAAGCCUCAUUUGUGUAGUAUUUGCGGGCAGAGUUUUCGUCAUGGAAGUUCAUACAGGUAACACAUGUCUGUAUCAUUACUUAGGAUUACUGAUAGUAGCAUAAUGUCAGAAAUGCUCUUGACAUUUCGUUUAUUCUUGGGCAGAAGUUAGAAAAAGCAGCUGUGGUCGCUUUUUAUUUUUUGCAAGGUUACCUGGAGUUAGGCUGGAAAAGGAGGCAGGGAAAUGAGCGUGUUGCCAGCAAGAGACUCUUAGCCACAUGAAAAGUUUUUUUAUAGAUAUAUUUUUUUUCUCACAAUUUUAUACAUUUUAACAAAGCAAUUUCUAACAUUAAAGUACAAGGUUCUUUUGAACCUUCGGACCUCCUUCCCUCCCUCCAUGGGUUCCAUGUUUACGAUUAAAUUUGCUGCAUCUUUUACCAUUAUCCAUCUGUUAAAUAUCCAUAAUUAUCAUUAAAAAAAUCCACAUUACAAGUGUCAUUACAUCCCUGCCAGUGAUUUUAACUGUUUACAGUGGUCUUUUAAAUAAAUUACAAAUUUGCUCCAGUCUUUUAGAAAAUACUUGCUCUUACUGGUUUCAGAUCUUCCCUGUCAGUUUGGCCAUCUCUACAUACUCCCAUCAGUUUUAUUUGCCAUUCUUCCUUUCUUGGUACUUCUUCCUUCCUUCCAUGAAGAGUCCCCCCCCCAACUGCUGUAAGCUCACUUUUGUGUAGCCAGGUGGGCAUUUGAGGAAGAGCUCCAAAAUAAAGGAGGAUUAAGGUAGGAUAGCCAGUUCAGAUGUAACAACAUUUUUAUCAACGACUUGGAUGAUGGACUCAAGGGCAUCCUGAUCAAAUUUGCAGAUGACACCAAAUUGGGAGGGGUGGCUAACACCCCGGAGGACAGGAUCACACUUCAAAACGACCUUGACAGAUUAGAGAACUGGGCCAAAACAAACAAGAUGAAUUUUAACAGGGAGAAAUGUAAAGUAUUGCACUUGGGCAAAAAAAAUGAGAAGCACAAAUACAAGAUGGGUGACACCUGGCUUGAGAGCAGUACAUGUGAAAAGGAUCUAGGAGUCUUGGUUGACCACAAACUUGACAUGAGCCAACAGUGUGACGCGGCAGCUAAAAAGCCAAUGCAAUUCUGGGCUGCAUCAAUAGGAGUAUAGCAUCUAGAUCAAGGGAAGUAAUAGUGCCACUGUAUUCUGCUCUGGUCAGACCUCACCUGGAGUACUGUGUCCAGUUCUGGGCACCACAGUUCAAGAAGGACACUGACAAACUGGAAGGUGUCCAGAGGAGGGCAACCAAAAUGGUCAAAGGCCUGGAAACGAUGCCUUAUGAGGAACGGCUAAGAGAGCUGGGCAUGUUUAGCCUGGAGAAGAGGAGGUUAAGGGGUGAUAUGAUAGCCAUGUUCAAAUAUAUAAAAGGAUGUCACAUAGAGGAGGGAGAAAGGUUGUUUUCUGCUGCUCCAGAGAAGCGGACACGGAGCAAUGGAUCCAAACUACAAGAAAGAAGAUUCCACCUAAACAUUAGGAAGAACUUCCUGACAGUAAGAGCUGUUCGACAGUGGAAUUUGCUGCCAAGGAGUGUGGUGGAGUCUCCUUCUUUGGAGGUCUUUAAGCAGAGGCAUGACAACCAUAUGUCAGGAGUGCUCUGAUAGUGUUUCCUGCUUGGCAGGGGGUUGGACUCGAUGGCCCUUGUGGUCUCUUCCAACUAUGAUUCUAUGAUUCUAUGAUUCAACAGACCACAGUUAACCCUAAGCACAGAUUCAGAACCCAACUUCAAAUCAUGGUUUUUGAUUGGUCAUAAGGUGAUGAUUGGGGUAGGUUCAGCGAUGUAAACAAACUAUGAUUUAGAGUUGUGUCUAAAUGCUGAAAAUACCUCAUCCCAUGCAUGCUGAGCUAUUGUUUCGCCGCAGUUCUAAUUAUGGGGAUUGUUGGCAGGCUGCGCUUUAACAGUGAGCACAAGAGAUCCCGUGCAAACUUAACCUUGUGCAUUUAUUAAUGCAGACUUCAUCUGCGGGUCCACCAUGACGACAAGCGGUAUGAAUGUGAAGAAUGUGGAAAGACUUUCAUUCGUCACGACCAUCUGACAAAACACAAAAGGAUACACUCAGGUAGACAAAUGACGUUGGCUUUUUCAUUCAAAGAAACCCUGGUUAGCUCAAAAACAAAAGCCUUUGAUCUCCUGUUGGCCUGUAGAAGAGGGAAAUGCAUGAAUUCAAGGCACAUCACAGCCCAUACAUGCAGGACUGAACCAUUCAUUUGACUUGACCUGAAAGCGUAUGAAAAUGUACAUGAUUAUUUGGCAGUGUUCUGUCAGACUGGGUUUUCCCUGUUUGGGUGCCUUCGGUCUUUUUUAUUAAAGCUCAUUCAGUUUGUGCUUUUGGUUCUCCGAAGGUGAAAAGGCCCAUCAGUGUGAAGAAUGUGGAAAAUGUUUUGGCCGAAGAGACCACCUCAGUGUUCAUUAUAAAAGCGUUCAUCUUGGAGAAAAGGUGUGGCAAAAGUAAGUUUUCAUUUUAAUUCUGAAACGCCUUUGUAUGUCCCAGUUUCAGUGUAACAAGAAGGAUCCUUGUGCCAGCACGCUCCCUUUCUCUGCACACUUGGCUUUAGGGAGACAUUGCAGUUUGCCAAACCACAGUUUCCCAUCCCGUCCAAACUGGGGAACUCUUGUUUUAAAUGCUGCUUGGAAACCAGGAUCUUCACCCCUUUCUAGUUUGUGUUUUAGGCUGCUUUGUGGCGAAAAGGCUUCUAAAGUGGCAUGUAACAAUAAUUUUUUUUAAAAUGCUAAAACAAAAAAUGAGAUUAAGCAGCAGUACAAAUCAAGAGUACAAAUUAGUUUGGCCCCAAGAUGCUGGUAGUUAAGUGCACAGGGUAAAGUUGCUUUGACAUUUUCUGCUUGUUUUCUAAUCUAACACAUUUAUAUCUUUCUCCAGGACACAAUUUAAAGCAGGGGCAGGGGCGGGAAUUAGAAUGUUAAGCCUAUGAUUUUGAAUGUUAAGCCUAUGAUCAUGUAUACACUGAAAAUAUCCAUGGAUGUGGAAUUUUUUUCUAAUACAUUCCAUUUUCCUUGAAGGUACAAGGCAACAUUUCAUCAGUGUGAAGUCUGUAAGAAAGUGUUCAAGGGGAAAUCAAGUUUGGAAAUGCAUUUUAGGACACAUUCAGGUAAGCAGUUGUGGACUUUAUGCUUUGGUGGAUCAGCAAGAAUAAAUGUGAUGUUUCAUAUUAUGGAAUUCAUAAGGGUAGCAUUUUGUGGCACAUAGUAUGCCUUGGCAUUUGAAUACUAGCUAACAGUUUAGUGUACAGUUUAGUGCAUGUUUGUAGGCUCUCCUAUCUCAGAAUCUCAUCUGAAAAGUUAGCACAAAUUAGACUUUGAUGUGACUUUCUACAUGCCCAAAGUUCUUGAUGUUGGAGAGCUGUCAAUUGUAGAAUUGGAAGGGAUCCAAUCUAGUCCAAUCCCCUUCAGUGCAGGAAUCUCAACUAAAGUGGUAUAUUCUAGGAAGAACUGGACCAUGUGAUCAGAACUAUCAGUUCAGAACUGUUAGCUCUGAGCAGUAGAAUAAUGAACAAAUAAAACAAAAUAAAACCCUGCCCAUCUGGCUGGGUUUCUGUAUAAAUCGUUAUGUAAGAAAACAGGUUGUCGCAGACUAGAUUUCUCAUAGUGUAAUUAGUGGACUAUCUUGGUUAAUUACAGUCAGUUGGGAUAAUUCUUUACCUUUCAUUGGUAGGACAUCUUAGCACUAGAUAUAGAUAUACGAAAAGCUUUACAAAUGCAUUUCCCGAAUAUUAACCUGUUGGCUAUUAAAGCAAUGGUUUUGUGUGCGUGUUUUUUUUUUAAAAAACCACCACAAACGAGAAUAAAACUUAAAAUCACAACUUUGGUUCCUCCCCCCCCCCCAUGUUUGCCAAAAUAUUUAAAUUAAUAAAACGCCUCUCCAUGCAACAAAGAAACUAAUAACGCUAUGUCCUAUUGAUAUAUUAGGAAAUAUUUACUCUAUUUAUUCUGACUUUUUUCAAACACAGGUGAAAAACCGUACAAAUGUCAAAUUUGCAACCAGUCUUUCAGGAUUAAGAAGACGUUAACGAAACAUAUGGUUAUUCAUUCGGAUGCCCGGCCCUUCAACUGUCAGUAUUGCAAUGCGACAUUUAAACGGAAGGACAAGCUGAAAUAUCAUACUGACCAUGUGCACGGAGGAAAGUCUGCCGAAGAAUCACUAAGCCCAGUGCCGGAGGAGAAAGUAGUCUCUUUGCCAACCCAGUUUGUACCCGAUGACAAGGCUUUCCAAAGUGAGUCUAAACCGUUUGUGGAACCAGCCAAGGUUUAUCAAGCAGAAACCAAAACAAUGCUACAGAAUGUAUCGCCAGACGUGUGUGUACCACUAACACUGAUACCCGUGCAGAUACGCGAAACUCAGUCCGAUCUUGUAGAACAUACCACCCCUGUUUCAUCCUCGCCUCACAACCUUCUUUCUUCACAACCUCCUCCAACGGACUACCAGCAAGCGACGGAUUUGGCAUUUCUAGAAAAAUACACACUCACUCCACAGCCUGCAAACAUCGUUCAUCCGGUCAGACCUGAGCAAAUAUUGGAUCCUAGAGAACAGUCUUAUCUUGGAACAUUGCUGGGUCUUGAUUCAGCUCCCUCAGUGCAGAAUAUUUCAACUAAUGAUCAUUCGUGA